UUGUUAUGGGUACAUGGGUAAGUAUAUCAUCUCACAGGACAUUUAAAUAACUACUUACAAUUAAAAUAAGGAAGAUUUAUAUAGGCAGACGUUUGAAAUUCGGGUCUAAAUUAAUGCACUCUGGAAGGCUUUCCAAGGAAAUGUAGCCAAAAGUAGCUUCUCAGGUAACACCUUAAUAUAGGAAAAAAUAAUGAGGUAACCAAAAAGGUGGGUUCAAAGCCCGGCCUGGAUGCAUGUUCUUCUCCAGAUAGUCCAAAAACAUGACUGUUGGGUCAGUUGGUCUCUUAAUUGUCCUUAAGUGUGUGUGUGUGUGUGUGUGUGUGUGUGUGUGUGUGUGGUUGUUCAUCCUGUGGGUUUCUGUGAUGGACUGGUGGCCCGUCCAGCACAUACCCCGCCUCUCCAUUCCCUAAUAUUUCACAAAUAUUUAUCACUAUAAUCUAUCUAAACUCUUGUUGACCAGAGGAAAAGAGAUACACAAUGGAAACUCAAAUGUCUGGCACUGUGGGGGAAUAAAAUGGCGGCGUAACCUGAGAUGUUUACAACUAGAAAUAACCAGAAGUCCAAGAUAACCCUUUUUUUUAACACAAGAUUUUAAAGUGUUAAAACAUAGCUAGAUUAUGACAGCUUUUAGUCUUUAUUUACACAUAUUUAUGGCCAUAACUUAUGAAAAUUAAGAGGUAUGCAAUGGAGGGUGCAUAUUAAUGAAAUGACAACAGUGCGUUGCAGGGAGAUGAACUGCUGAAGUCUUUAUCUGGUACAACGGUUCACAACAUUACGAUUGCACAACGCGGCGCAAAUCCACCCUGAGCAAAAAGUAAACCUGGAUUUAACUCUCACAGAUUAAAACCGAAUUUGCAAUUUGCACAUUUUAACAUGUUCAAAGUCUCACUAAUACUGCUUUAAUCCAUAGAGGAAUACUGGUACUAAUUUUUGACCCAACGGUGGCCUGUUGAGGCCAAGUUCGUAUUUGCAGCCACUUUUGAAGUUUUAUUACGAUGCUGUUCCUCUUUGUUAAAAUCCAAACUCUGGUUGAGCACAUUGGUUGAUAAAAGUAUUACUCAGAUAAGAAUUUGAUGGUCAGGAUGUCAACCUUCAAGCUUUUAUGUAAAGAGGAAUGCAUUACCGCAAAGCAAGAGGUAUGUCUUAUUAUCAGUUGCCCACAUAAGCUGAUGUAAUUGUGCAUUAAGCCUGAACUGCCUCUCAUGUACAAACAGAAAGCAGUUGCCAAAUGUUUCUCUUCAGAAACUCUUUUUUCUUCUAAAACAAACUAUAAAAUCAUAAUUUUCAAUGCUUUUGUGAGAAAACUGUAAACAAAAAUGACCAAAUAUUCAGCACAAUUACAACCUUAAGGUUUUUUUUAAAGCAGGACCAAUGCAAUUUGUAUUGAUUUCGUUUUGAUGUUUUUGUAUGUUUUAUUCUUAAAUGAAUUUGUUUUUUGUUGCUUGUUUUUUUUUUAUUACAAUGUGGUACAAUGUUUAAAACUGCCCAAAGAUUUACAAGCUGGCACUGACUGUGGAUGUCUUGUGAACGUUUCUGUAAUAAAUUAACCUAGAAUGUUUCCUAAACUUGUGCAAUCGGCCUAAAUUUCUUGAAAAGUUGAAAAAAAAAACCAUAAUUGUUGGAUGUUAAGACGUGAGAUCAAAGAUGAUAAUCCAACUGACUUAAGUUAGACCUCUUGAAAACCCCAAAUUCAACUAAUAGUAAAUUUUAUUUCAUAAGAACAAUAAAAAAUAUAUAUCUAAUUCAAGAAAUAUCAGCUUGUACACUUAAUACUUAGUUUGUAUUAAUUAUUGUCAGUUUAGCAUCUCCAUUUGGCAAUCAACCAGUAACUUUGCUAUGUACUUAAUGAUUUUCUCUUUUUUCCCCCCUUCCACUCAAUUUUCCUGUGAUCUAUGGAUCAGCUUCACUUUUGACAUUUUGGGGUUCACCCUUCUUGUGCAGGGAGGAUUGUAUGGACCAAGUUAACAGGCUCCUAAAUUAUUACGAACUCGCCUUUUAUGAAUUAAAAAUUAAAAGAAUUAAAAGUUAGCCUAUAUUUGAAGUGUGUUUUUAUUAACUUUAUAACCAAAUAUCAAUGCUUGUCUUAAAUCAAUAUGUAGGUUAAAAUAAUAAUUUGUUGGAAUAGAUUACUGAAACAAAUCCAGUUUUUGAACGUUUUAGAUCAGACCUACCCUGGGUACGUAUCUGCUUCCUGUGGGUUUGAAUUGAUGCAUUUGACCUUAUUUUUGAAGCUGCGCGUUCGCUAACCACGUGCCGUGCGAGCAGCUGACGUCACUGUCACGCUUCCCCAGCAGCAAAUCUGUGCUGCAAGCUGCGCAGCCGCCCUGCGCAUCCGCCAGCUGAGCUGAGGUGGACGGUGCAGCCAUUUCUCUGCUCGUCGCUGGGAAACAAAACCCGCGCGUGGGGGAGCGUCGCCCUGGCGCGCACGCGACCGAGCGGAACGUUCCUCGAGCCGAACGCGGCGGCGGCGUGACUUCCGGCCGAAGCGUGCAUUGCCGAUCAACAACCGCGAUCUCCAAACUUUCUCUCCCGUUGAACGCCUGCGCAGACAAAAACGUGCGCAUACGUUAGUUUUUUUUUUUUCUUCUUCUUCUUCUUCUUCUUCUUUCUUCUUCGUCGUCUUCUUCUUCUUCAUGUCUCAGCAGCCAUGGACGCGAACCUGCAUGGAGGCGGCGCCGACGUCGCAGCAGCGAUGCAUGUGAAAACCGAAGCCGGGGAUGAAAGCUCAUCUGCGCUGGGUUUGGGCAGCCGGGAGUCGCCUGCGCCAUGCGGAGAUGCCGCAUGCAGAGCGGGAGGAGGUGGAGGAGGGGCGCAACAGACUGCGGAGGAACUGACUGACACGGAGCUGCAGGCCAACACCUCGGCUCCCUCCGUUCUGCUGUAUCCCGUGAGCACAGACCGGUUCUUUACAUCAUCAGCUGACGGAAAAACAUACCUGAAGAUUGCCCCAGCUGCAGUGCUGCCACCUGCUCCCUCAGACAAGACGCUCUCCUCCGGCUCCGAUUUCUCCUCCAAAGCUGUCCUGUGCCUGAUAGAGGCUGUCGGCCGCCGCUGGGGUCUCUAUGAGACGCGGGAGCGCUCGCAGCUCUUCCAGAGCGUCCAGGAAGAGAUGGCCUCAAAGGGCCACGUCCUUCCCGUGGAAAAAAUCCGCCGCAAGUGGAACAACCUCAUUGUCACGUACAAGAGGGUCAAGGACCGCAGCCGGGAGACGGGACAUGCCAAAACAUCCUGGGAAUUCUUUGAUCUCAUGGACGCAACGCUCUGCGAUACUAUUGGCUCGCAGAUCAUUAGCAACAAAAGGAGCAAAGGUAGCAGUACAGCUUCUUCGCUGGCCAUUCCUUCAACAAAGAUCCCUGCAAAACCAGUACAGCUUCCGCAGCCCACCACCAUCAUCCGUCCCAAUGGGGACUUUGCUGCGACUGGGGGUUUGGAUGCGGCCGGCCUGGGAGCUGCCACCAGCCAAAUCAUGAGUAGCACCGCUGCCAGUCCCUCACACACUGCAACAACUGUUACCCUUAUCAAUGCUCCAGAGGUCAAGCCCGUUAUUGUCCUCAAUGGUGACAUUGUCACUACUAGCAUUCAGCCAGCAACCAUCGUACCGUCUCCAUCGUUUAUCUCUUCACCAUGUUUUACUGAAACAGCCUCUGCAUCUUCCGCUCUUGGCUCAACCGGCAGCACAGACAUGGGCUCGUCGGCCUACAAAAGCCGAAAAGGUCCGUCUUUCACGUCGGGCGCCACACCUUUCUGCCUCAGUACGACCCCACUUAGCCACACUCAGAACAUCCUUGGGCUCUCUUCGUUCCCCACAACGUCUUCCUGUCACACCGCUUCCAGUGCCGCUUCACUAUCUGCGCCUGCGAGUGCGGGAACAGAGGGGCAGAACCAGAAAGGAAACAAGGAGCAAGGCAGCAUCGGGUUGUUCCAGGAGGUUCUGAAGCGGCAGGAAGAGCAGGGCUACUUGGAUCGGGUGGCUCGGCGCAGGGUGGAGGCCAGAGAGAAAAGGCGUGAGAGGAGGGAGGUGCGGAUGUCAGAGUCUCUUGGAAGGAUAGCCACGGCUUUGGAGCUGCUCUCCUCCAAGCAGGAUACGGUCAUUGCGCUCCUGCAGAGACUGGCGGAUCGGAAAUGAUGAGUGUAAGGCAGAAACAUGGUCAUUUUGAACCUACAGUAGUUUGAAAUUUUCCUUUAUGAAGACUUCAAACCCCAGCUAUUAAAUGGUCAUCUUCAAGCUUGAUGGAAAUAUCAAGUUGCCCACCAGUACAAUCCAAAUGCCUUCUGGAGAACUGUUAAAUUGUCAGUUGUGACAAAGAUUGAGCUGUUUGUCAAAAAUUAUGAGAAUAAUGUUUAGAAAGAUCAGGCAUCAUGGUGACAGCAUCAAACUGAGGGUUUGUUUGGCUUCCAGUCAUAAAAAAUGGAUAAAACUUGGACACAGUUGAAUGUUCCAACAGGAUGAUGAUCCCAACACACCAAAACUUAGCACUACGCAAAUAUAUUGGCACUGACCUCUUCCAUAUUAGAAAUUGUGUUCUAUUUUUAAACCCCCAUAAAAAGCAAUCUAUUUAAACAAACUCAGCUAGUUGUUGACCAUCCAGCCCAGAAUAUGACAGAGAAGAUCCCAGAUAGCUGCAGAAAGUGGAUAGUUUCUCUGCAACUGGCAUUUCGUAGACGUAUUUGAGGCUGUUUGCAGCUUUAAUUAUAUAUUUAAGAUUUUAUGUAUAUUUUUUACUCUGUGUGAACUAGAGAAAAUCUGCA